AUGUUUGCUCACCGCAAGAAAAGUCCCCCAAAGUUAUCCUACAACGAAGUUAUCGCAGCCUUGAGAGAUCUUCCAGGAGAGCAGACUUUCGGUCAUGUUGAAGAUUCUCAACAGCUCGACUUUCUCCGACGAAUUUAUCGACCGCUCCACAAGUUGUUCGCUACGUCUACAACCACUUCCAAGGUGAAUUGUGCACGAGUCAGAAAAAUAAAAAGCUUUCAAAUACCUCAAACUUUACAACAUCGUUUCUCACGGUUUGAAAAAGAUCCUUUGGAAUUUUGGGAAAUGCAUGUUAAGCCAUUGACGCGAUAUAGCGACAAGGCCGAGGAAGACAGGGCUAAGUUAUUCCUUAAAAAUGCAGCUCAUUUGGAAAAUAAUGUUGAUGAGCAAAUGAUUUUGCGAAGGCUUGUAGCUGUAUCAUCCUACAAACUCUUUCGGCGAGCAAUACCAACGUCAGACCAGCGGAUUAUGAAACCUAGCGUUAAGAAGUUUUUAUCUCACGUCGGAUUGUCUGUUUCAGAAGAUGAUGUUGAGACAAUUAAAACAUUCAGUGACAUCCUCCAUCGAGGAAAACGACAAAAGGAUUUCUGCGAAGAGUUUGCUGUUGAAUUCUCAAAUGAUGACAGCCUGGAAGCCACUCGCCCAAGCAGUAGCGAAGACGACAAUCAUAUAUAUAGACCAUUAUUCUUCUCGUCUAUCCCAGAUAGCAUGUGA